CCUCCCCCUCCCCACCCGGCCACCCCCCUCGCCGCGAGCCAGGGCAGCCAGCCGAGUGUGAUCCAGGCCGCCCUGCAGAGCGCCCUUCAGAGCGUCCUCCUCUGCUCCCUGAACGGCUCCUACCCUGACCUCGCCUACAUCGACGACGGUAUCCCGGCCAUGGGCGUAGUGGGUGGCGCCGGCGCGGUGCUGGAGGGCGAAGACCGCCCACAGCAGCUGCCCGUCGCAAACUCCGGGGUCAUCCUGGACGCCGUUCUGCGCCAAGAUCCGCCCCAGGUGACCGGGGGCGCCCUCAGCGUGGUGCUGGAGAACGGCGGCGCGCCCUCGCCCGCCCUCGUCACGGGGGAGCUCACCAACCUGAUCAACAACGGACCUAACAAGUUCCACGUGAGCCACUGCGCCACGCCCACGCCGGACCACGAUGGAGCUGACGACAAGCCCUUUAUGGUUGACAUGAAGGAGAUGAGCGGAUACGAGAAAAACCUCUACCUCUACUCGGAGGAGAUGGCGGACCGGCCGCGGGUGUCCAUGAUGAUCAACUCGCUGGCCAACUACAACGCCACCAUCCCCUCGGCCGAGGACGAGGACGCCAAGAAGCUGAAGCCCGUGGCCAAGCUGGGCACUCUGCUGGGCGUGUUCCUCCCGUGCAUCCAGAACAUCUUCGGCGUCAUCCUGUUCAUCCGUAUGCCGUGGAUCGUGGGCACCGCCGGGGCCCUCCUGGCCUUCACCAUCGUGUUCAUGUGCUGCUGUACAACCUUCCUGACCGGCAUCUCCAUGUCCGCCAUCGCGACCAACGGCGUGGUGCCGGCAGGAGGCUCCUACUUCAUGAUCUCGCGCUCCCUCGGGCCGGAGUUCGGCGGCGCCGUCGGCAUCCUCUUCUACAUCGGCACGACGGUCGCGGGAGCUAUGUAUAUUAUAGGAGCAGUAGAGAUAUUGCUGACCUAUAUGGCUCCAGUAUUAUCCAUAUUUGGAGACUUUAGAAAAGAUCCAAGUAUAAUGUACAAUAACUUCCGAGUUUACGGCACCAUCCUGCUGUGGGUGAUGUGCUUCAUUGUGAGCAUCGGCGUGGCCUUCGUCAGCAAGUUCGCCACCGUCGCCCUCGCCUGCGUCAUUGGCUCCAUCAUCUCCAUCCUGGUGGGGAUCUUCGUCAACAUCAACGGCUCCGACAAGCUAUACAUAUGCGUGUUGGGAGCCCGGUUGCUAACACAAGUUACAAACUGCACCAAAGAUAGAGAUGGAGACUUGUGGAAGCUAUAUUGUAAUAAAGGCAAUGGAACUUAUGCCACAGACGAGGCAGACUGCGACCAGUAUUUCCAUGACCACAAUGUUUCCACGAGAAAUGCCAUUGUUGGGUUGUCAUCUGGAGUGUUCUCAUUGAACCUGGGAUCUCACUUCAUGGAGGAUGGCCAGAUCAUAGCAAGCACGGACGACCCAGAUGAUUAUGAGUCACUGAACAACCCAACUUACAACCAGAUCAUCAUUGACAUAACCACAUCAUUCACUGUGCUUGUCGGUAUUUUCUUCCCUUCUUGCACAGGAAUCAUGGCUGGAAGCAACAGAUCUGGUGACUUGGCCGAUGCACAGAAGAGCAUUCCUGUAGGAACCCUAGCUGCCAUCUGCACAACUUCAUUUGUGUAUCUCUCCUAUUUGCUCCUCUUUGCUGGCUCAUAUGACAUUCUCUUGAUGAGGGACAAGUUUGGCCAGAGUGUGGGAGGAAAGCUGGCUAUUGCGUCCAUUUCUUGGCCCAAUGAAUGGGUAAUCUUAGUGGGCUCACUCCUCUCCACUGUGGGCGCUGGGCUACAGAGUCUUACGGGAGCUCCAAGGUUAAUCCAGGCCAUAGCAAAAGAUGGAAUUAUUCCCUUCCUUGCACCAUUUGCCAAGUCCUCUGCCCGGGGAGAGCCACUCAGAGCACUGUUGUUCACAGGCUGUAUUUGUCAGAUUGCAAUCUUGAUUGGUAACCUGGAUUACAUUGCGCCAAUCUUGUCCAUGUUCUUCUUAAUGUGCUACGGCUUUGUCAACCUUGCCUGUGCCCUCCAGACAUUGCUGCGCACCCCAAACUGGCGUCCAAGAUUUAAGUACUAUCACUGGUCUUUGUCAUUCAUUGGUCUCUCACUCUGCAUCACCGUGAUGUUCAUGACUUCCUGGUAUUAUGCGUUGAUAGCCAUGCUGCUUGCUGGCAUCAUCUACAAGUACAUCGAAUUCCGUGGUGCAGAAAAGGAAUGGGGAGAUGGAAUCCGUGGUCUGGCCCUUUCUGCUGCUCGUUACUCUUUGCUCCGCUUAGAAGAAGGUCCACCACACACCAAGAACUGGAGACCACAGAUUGUAAUCCUUGCCAAAUUAACGAAGGACCUUGUUCCCAAGUAUAAGAAGCUUUUUACUUUUGCAUCACAGUUAAAAGCUGGAAAGGGUCUCACAAUGGCAGUGUCAAUUAUUGAAGGGGAUUAUGUGAAAAGUUAUGGUGAGGCUUUAGCUGCAAGACAGAGUCUGCGCAGAGCCAUGGACGAGGAAAAAGUAAAGGGCUUUGUGGACACACUGGUUGCCAAGAACAUGACUGAAGGAAUUAGUCAUAUCAUCCAAACUUGCGGUCUUGGAGGGAUGAAGCCAAACACAGUUAUUCUUGGUUGGCCCUAUGGCUGGCGGCACUCACCCGAUGAGCGUUCAUGGCGUGUGUUCCUUGAUACUGUGCGCAAUGUUUCUGCUGCAAAGAUGGCUCUUCUUGUUCCUAAAGGCAUUAACUUCUAUCCAGACUCUAUGACAAAGGUUUCAGGUACAAUUGAUAUUUGGUGGAUUGUGCAUGAUGGAGGUCUCCUCAUGCUGCUGCCCUUCCUUCUCCGGCAGCACAAGGUGUGGAAGAACUGCAAGAUGCGCAUCUUCACCGUUGCUCAGCUUGAGGACAACAGCAUACAAAUGAAGAAGGACCUGAAGACAUUCUUGUACCACUUGCGUAUUGAUGCUGAAGUUGAUGUUGUGGAAAUGAUGGACAGUGACAUCCAAACAUACACAUAUGAACGCACACUGAUGAUGGAGCAGCGCACACAGAUGUUGAAAGAACUACGACUCAACCGCAAAGAGAAACUCAAUAUUGUUCAGGCCAUAGUUGACCAUCAUCACCCCAGCAGUGAACACUCGGCCAGUAAAGUGCGCUUCAAGGAGGAAGAGCCAGCUGCUGACUCUGACACAGAAGCUGAGAAGAGUGUAGCAGAAGAUACAGAUAAGAAGGCAAGCAAAAACGAAAGCUUUAAGAAACUUCUAACCAUUAAACCUGAUGAAGCAAAUGUACGAAGGAUGCACACUGCAGUGAAGUUGAAUGAAGUCAUAGUGAAUAAGUCCCACAACGCACAGCUAGUCAUCAUCAACUUGCCUGGCCCACCAAAAACCUCCCGGCCAGAGACUGAAAGUAACUAUAUGGAGUUCUUGGAGGUGCUCACAGAAGGACUGGAGAAGGUGUUGAUGGUGAGGGGCGGAGGCAGGGAGGUCAUUACUAUUUACUCCUGAGUCUCUGGCACCUCGUGUGUACUUAGAAUACACUUUACCAUUCUCUUGUUUGUGUCCAACUUGUUUACAGGAGAUGGUAAUGCUAAUGGAAACUUUACAAACAACAUUUGCUUACCAGUUUAUAGCUUACAUAUAGGGAUUACAGACUUUGGAGACCAUUGCAUCAGAUAUACUGGCUGUGAUCUCCAUUUGUGUCCAAUACACAUUGUGUGAGAUAUCUACUUCAGUAAGUUUUAUGGAAAAGAAAAAUGGAGUAUUUUUGUUAUUUCUUGACAGGUGUUUAAAAUCCAGCCAAGUAUGAUUGUGUGAAUAUAAGCAGAUCCAGUGAUGAGAAUUUAAAAUGAACUUUCUGCAAAUGAAGUAGAAUGGUAAUGAGGUGAAAUAACAGCAAAUGUGUGCUGAUAAGUUAUGAGAUGUGGAGGAUACUGCUUCAUCUUGUUCAACACUAAAGCUUCAAAGUCUCUUGACUGUAUUAGUAAAGAUUUUUUUUUACUAGUUGGUUGAAGGAUUUUUGGCAUAUAAUCACAGGUGUAACAAAUUUAAGGAAAACAAAACAUGGGGGGCAAGUUCACUUUGGAAAGGAGACUACUCAUAGUGAAUUAGACAUUUUAAUGUUAUAGUCUUCAGUAACAACAUUAAUAAUGAUGGCCUAUGUCAUUGAGACCACCUUCAAAUUCUCAUAAUUUACAACAAUGAAAUAUCUCACCAAAGCACUAGUUUAUAAUAUUACAGAAGAUAUGAACCAGUCUGCUGCUGAUAUAAGAUGCUUCAGUAAUGCAGAGAUUUUAUGAACUAGGUUACAGUUGGUAUUUAAAAUGAUAAAAGGAUCUUUUGGUUAUUACUGAGGUAAUUUUGAAGUAUGUUAGACUAUUUCAUGUAGAACUUUGUUUUAGCAAAUUUGUUUGUAGCAGCAAUGCGAGUUGUUUAAAAAUAAAUACAUGCAUACCUUCAUAAAGUUUACAUACAAAUAUACUUACUCUCUAAUUCACAGUAUUUGACAUUUAUUUUAAUAUAAACAGUGUAUAUAGUAUUACAAAUAAUAAUUUAUUUUCUUUAUGUUUUACUUUCAGCAUUAAUAUUGAUAAAUUUAUUUUAUUAACUCCUUUAUUCAGAAAAGAUGAAUUUUAAGAAGUUAACUUUUUUAUGUGGGAUUCACAUACGGAGUGCAAUUUGAUCUACGCUAUUAUGAUAUUUGUAUAAGUAUCAAUCAAAGAAAAUAUCAAAGAAGUAGAUGUGACUCUUUAAAGCAAUAUUUUAGACUAGAAGCAACAUGUAAAUGUGAUCAGAGUCCUUAUUUCUGCUCUUAACUUUUUUUUUUUAUUGAAUAUGUUUUUAGAUGUUAUAUUUAUUUUUUGUUAUUGCAAAUAAACUCCUGAGUUGUUUUUGAAAUAUGUAAACAUUUGUGAUAGUAAAAUAAAGAAUAGUUCUUCUU